AUGACUACAGGAGAACCUCAAGAUGAUGGACCCUCGUGUCCCGCCGACCAGACUUCGCCACCAUUCCCCGACCAGAACCCUCGUGUGUCCCGCCGACCAGACCCUGUGUCCUCGCCGACCAGACCUUCAGGUCCCGCCGACCAGACCUCGUGUGUCCCGCCGACCAGAACCCUCGUGUGUCCCGCCGACCAGACUCGUGUGUCCUGCCGACCAGACCCGGUGUCCCGCCGACCAGACCCCUGUGUCCUGCCGACCAGACCCUGCGUGUCCCGCCGACCAGACCUUGUGUCCUGCCGACCUGACCUUCAUCUGCCGACAGACCGUGUGUCCCCCACCCUGUGUCCCGCCGACCAGAACCUCGUGUGUCCCGCCGACCAGACCUCGUGUGUCCCGCACCUUGCAUGUCCGCCACCAGGUGUCCCGCCGACCAGACCUGUGUCCUGCCGACCAGACCCUGCAUGUCCCGCCGACCAGACAUCCUGUGUGUCCUGCCGACCAGACCCUGCAUGUCCCGCCGACCAGACCCUCGUGUGUCCCGCCGACCAGACCUCGUGUGUCCCGCCGACCAGACCCUUGCAUGUCCCGCCGACCAGACCCUCGUGUGUCCCGCCGACCAGACCUUGCAUGUCCCGCCGACCAGACUGUGUCCGCCGACCAGACCUCGUCCGCCGACCUGACCUUUGUGUCCCGCCGACCAGAACCCGUGUCCCGCGACCAGACCUUCGUGUGUCCUGCCGACCAGACCUUCGUGUGUCCGCCGACCAGACUCCAGUCCCGCCGACCAGACCCUGCAUGUCCUGCCGACCAGACCCUCGUGUGUCCUGCCGACCAGACCCUGUGUGUCCUGCCGACCAGACCUCAGUGUCCCGCCGACCAGACCCCUCGUGUCCUGCCGACCAGACCCUCGUGUCCUGCCGACCAGACCUCGUGUUUCCCGCCGACCUGACCUUGCAUGUCCCGCCGACCAGAACCCCUGUGUGUCCUGCCACCAGACCUCGUGUGUCCCGCCGACCAGAACUCCGUGUGUCCUGCCGACCAGACCCUCGUGUGUCCCGCCGACCAGACCUCCUGUGUCCCGCCGACCAGAACCCUCGUGUGUCCCGCCGACCAGACCCUCGUGUGUCCCGCCGACCAGACCUUCGUGUGUCCCGCCGACCAGACCCUCGUGUGUCCGCCGACCAGACCCUGCAUGUCCCGCCGACCAGACCUCUGCCGACCAGACCCUCGUGUGUCCCGCCGACCAGACCCUCGUGUGUCCCGCCGACCAGACCCUCGUGUCCGCCGACGACCUGUGUGUCCCGCCGACCAGACCUCGUGUGUCCCUGCCGACCAGACCCUUGCAUGUCCCGCCGACCAGAACCCUCGUGUGUCCCGCCGACCAGACCUGUGUGUCCGCCGACCAGACCUCUGGUCCCGCCGACCAGACCCUCAGGCCCGCUGACCAGACCCUCGUGUGUCCCGACCAGACCUCAUGUUCCGCCGACCAGACUCGUGUUUCCCGCCGACCAGACCUUGCAUGUCCCGCCGACCAGACCUCGUGUGUCCUGCCGACCAGACCUCGUGUGGCCACGACCAGACCCGCUGACUGGUCUCCCGCUGACCAGACCCUCGUGUGUCCUGCCGACCAGACUGUCCUUCUACCAGACUCGUGUGUCCCGCCGACCAGCCCUCCAGACCUGCCGACCAGACCUCGUGUGUCCCGCCGACCAGACUGUGUGUCCUGCCGACCAGACCUCGUGUGCUGCCGACCAGACCUCGUGUCCCGCCGACCAGACCCUGUGUGUCCGCCGACCUGACCAGACUCGUGUCCUGCCGACCAGACCCUCGUGUCCCGCCGACCAGACCCUCGUGUGUCCUGGCCGACCAGACCUUAUGUCCCGCCGACCAGAACCCUCAGGUGUCCCGCCGACCAGACCCUCGUGUGUCCCGCCGACCUGA